GAAUGUUAACGACUGUUACGAUAGACGCGUCGCGCGCACGCUUCUCUGUUUUCUGUUUGGCCGUUUGUUGCGACAAAGUGAAAAAGUAAACCAGUAACCACCAGACUACCAGACUUGUUGGGAAAACAUUAAAAUUUUGUGAAAUAAAUUGGCGGCGGAAAGAAACAACACACAGUAAAUAUUUUGCAACUCCAUAGGGCAGUCGGGACCAAAUUGAACGCCAGUGUAUAACGACGAUUUAAAGAAAACAAGAAGAAGAAUUGAAAUAAAAAAAAAAAAAACAAAACAACAAAGCAAAAGCCCCAUUCGAAUUGUUUGAUGUGAAGAUAUCGGUAUUUUGUGGUGCUGUUUCAUUGGAAUUCCAACUUGUGUUUGCUUUAAGUUUGCCUUGAAGGAUUCGCCCCCCUUUAACUCACACUCACAACCCUAACCCCACCGAAGCAAACAAAACGACCAUCCUCUAUUUCAAAGAGCAAAAAAAGAAAAAAAUACUUCAAAGUGCACUGAACACCUAAAACGGCUUCAUGUGAAAGCGCCCUUCUCCCACAUUUUUUUUGUUUUUGCCAUUGAAACUCUAAAGCGCAGUAUUGUUGUUGUUGUUUCUUGGUUUAAGUGCUUUCAUGAUACUCUGGAAGCUGUAAGGGAAUAUCGAAAAGAAGGAAAACCAACAGCAGCAGCAUCAGCAUUAGCAGAAUAAAAAAAAAGAGAAGUGAAGUGAAAAACGCCGUCAGUCAUUGUGCUUUUGUGAUAAGUUGUGUGGAAAAUUGCAGAGCAAAUUGCAUAGACGUCGCUAUUUGUCGAGUGGUCUUUGCACCCACAAACUCUUGUAUCGAGGAAUUAUCGGGAAAAAGUGCUUCGAAAAGUUCCAAGAGCUAGUGACCAAGAGUAAAAGAAAAAAAAUCACACAUUUGCCUUGCAUUGCAUUUCUUUAAGCCUCAGCCAAGUUGAUGCUCAUCAUACAUUAAACGAGAAGAAAUCCUACUGAAUCAUCACCAUCAUCAGCUGUGGGAUCAGCACCCAAACCUCGACAAAUCCAAAUUGUGAAUAUGUCUUCGAGCAGAAAACCACCCAGACUGCAGAGUUGGUCGCAGCUCUGCCUUUUGUCCCUGACGCUGAUACUGUUGCUGUGCAUCGAAGCAAACGAGGCCGCUGUCCAUUCGGUGUUAACGUACAAAAAUACCUCAACACAACUGGGCCAGCUGGUGACCUCGAGCACCCUGGUGUGGGAGACAUAUGAUGCCAAGAACAGCAAUCAGCUGCAGUAUGCUGUGGAGGGUGGCAAAUACAUUAGCGCCGAGGAGCACUAUCCCAUCUAUGUGUGUCGGGUGACCAUUGAGGGUGUCAACACCAUUGGUCACACGGAGAAGAUUCAACAGGCCCAUCUGUGUGUGGCCGCCCAUUACAAGAACAAGAAGUACGACCACUUUGAUGUGCUCAUUAACAAGGGUCAUUUGGGCAAGGUCUCGUGGAAGCAUUGGCGCAAAUUCAAUUUGGGCAUUCCAGUGGGGGCCAUUCGCAUUGGGGAGGUGUCCUACAUUGCCAGGCACAAAUCACCACAGCCCGAAGGGGAACACCUGCAAGGAGCUGACUACAACUUGGGUCGCCUGGAUCCUGAUGGUCUGGGUAAAAUCAAGGCCAUGGUGGGCGAAGGUGAAAAGGACUAUGAUGAUGGUGAAGUUUUGGUGGAAACGGAACCAUUCCGCUAUGAGCUAAAAGACAUACAGCUGAAAAACUUACAACUGGAAAUCACAGACAAUGUCACAGAGUUGGCUUCUGGCAUUUUAGCUAACAGGGAUGACAAAUACAUUCUGGUAGAGACGGUUCUGUCAUACAACUACGACUAUGUCCAAUAUUGGGGAUCGCAUGAGGGCGUUGCCCGUGGUUUGCCCACUAAAGUCUUCGAAAAGGACUCUUCCAGUCCCGCAGAAAUAAACUGGGGCCUAAAGUACACCGAGAAGCGUUUGGAAACCAAGUCGGUGCAAACAAAAUUAUGGCCCGGUACUGCCAUCAAUGUAACCCUCAAGGGCAACUAUGUACGCCUGGAUGCCCCCUACACAGCCAAGUUGUAUGCCUUCUAUGCGGGCAGUGAGGAUAGUGUAUCAAGGAAAAUUUCGGCCGAGGUACGCAAAUUUUACCUCAAGGAUGUAAAAUUGGAGUUCAGUGCAGUGUAUUGGUUUGAGAAUGGAACCUUUGUGCCAACCACUACCACCACCUCGACCACUUCCACCACAACACAUGCCACAACCACCACAGGAAAUCCUACGCCCAUCCAUGAGCCUCCAGUUGUGCUCAUGAAGGAUAUGGGCGAUAGUAACUCGGCCCCGGGCUCCAUGCUGGAUGCGCCAGCCAGCAAUGAGAUACCCCAAGACAAACCAGACAAUUUGGCCGAGCAUCAUCAGAAGCCGGCGGUGGCAGGUGUAGGUCUACCCCAUAAUGCUGGCUCAGCGACAACUCUGGCACAAACCGCAAUCCUUUGCUGCUGUCUAUUCACUACACUGGUUUCGCUGUUUAUUUAGACUUAGUCCGAACAUUAUGGAAUAAGCAAUCAAUCAAUCACCCUCCCCGAAAAAACACUAUAAAAGUAAAUAACUCCUUAGUUCGAGCGAUUAAUGCUGGAUCAUCUGUUUUGACUUGAUCUUGUAUAGAAGUGAUGUCAAAGGACGAAAUUGGCGUAGGCAUAGAAUCGAAAUUUUCUACACAUUCUCCCCCGCUCACCAAUCGUCGCUGUCUCAAAAACACCAUACCACUCGCUGUGUAGCUUUCCCUUUAACCUGCCGCAGCCCCUCUCCCCAAUCACUCUUAAUUUAAUUUAGGAUAGCAUUUUUUUUUUACUUUUUCUCGUUGUUGUACCUGUUGUAGACCCGUCUGGACCAAUAGAAACGUCAGCUGCGGCCACGGCCGAAACCGAUGGGUCAUAAGGAAACAAAUUAUUGAUGAAUUGAAAGCAAACAAUGGAAAUGAAAUCGUCCAUCAUGUGUAAUUGGCUGGAGUCGAUUGUAAAUUUCUAUGUUCGAUGGCCAACGUACGCGUCAUAUGGACCCCUCUCUCUCUCUCUCUCUCUCACACACACUCUCUCUAAUUUAAGUCUCAAAUAGUUUAUGGCAUGUAUGCAAACGACGAAGACAAUAACAACAACGUCAUCGAAUCGAACCGCUCUGCACGAACGGUCGGUCUUCGCAUCAAAUUGUAUAUCUUAUUUAUGUAUGCUUGUUUGUAUGUAUAUUCACUAUCCUCCCCGCGUUAAACAAUAAGCUCCCAGUCCUGUGACAUUUGCCGAUGUCAAAGCCGCAGCCUCAUCCUAAACUCACCCUCGCCCACCCCCCAAAGUCCUAAGCUGAGAGUUUGUUUUUUUUUUUCAUGUAGACUCUCAGGCUUGCAUUUGGAGUGUAGCCUUGAACGAAGCCGUUCCAUGUUUGAUGUUCCAUGUGAAUGAAUGAUAGAUAUGUGUAAUCUUGUCCGUGCCGAAGGAUGCCUUGGUAUUGUUGCUGGUCUGGCUGGGCGUAUGUAUAAUCAAUUUUAAUUAAUAGACACAAUUUGUUAGUUUUACUCGUACUCUCAAAACAUUUUCAAAAUAUUUUUAUAAUGUAUAAACGAUUCUUUUAUAGCUUUUAAGCGAUUUAUGAGAUUUUUUUUUGCAAACAAAGUAAAAACAAAAAAUCAAAAUUAUAAUUGUAAAAACAAAAACACUAAAGAACUUAUAUACAUAAAAAUAUAUAUAUAUAAAAUUAAUAAUAAUAAUAAUAAUGAUAAUAAAUUUUACAUAAAUUAUUACAUA